UUGAGUUUCCCUCCGUUGUGGUGACAAACCCGGACGACAUAACUAGGUCAGACAUACCAGAGACAGGAGUUUCAUUCCACCAACACAAGAGCACGGUUUAGUUUUAUUUAUUUAUUUAUUUUUACUUUUUUUUCGGUGAAGAUAUAUUUUUUAUUUCUUUUUUUUUUUUUUUUUUUUUUGGGGACUGACUCACCUGGUCCUGCAGGUUCACCUGGAAAACAACCUGUGGCAGCAUCCAACACCGACACAAAGCAGAGGAAAAAAACCACAAAAACAGGAGUUAGACAACAAGGAGGAGAAGGAGUUUAGGUUUUUAUUAUCCUUUUAGUUCUUAUAUCCGUCCAGGUGUAGACCCCUGAUGGACUACAUGGACAGUGGACUCAGAUACACCCCCAAGACGGACAAAGACUGGGACACCUCUGUCCAGUUCCUGCCUGCAUCUGAUAACAAAAAGCUUGAGAAGAACAAGGGUCGGAAAAUCGGGGCUGUGAUCGGCGUGGUGAUCUUCGCCGCUGUUGUUGCACUUAUGACCGGACUGCUGGUCUGGCAUUUCCACUUCCGCAAAGAUGUCCGAGUCAAAAGGAUGUACACCGGCUCCUUACGGAUCACCAACCAGGUUUUUGAAGACGCCUAUGAGAACUCCAACAGUUCAGAGUUCAAGGCGUUGGCGAAGCAGGUGGCGUCACAGCUAAAACAAAUCUAUUCCAAAAGUCCACCGCUGGCUAAAUACUAUGUUGGUUCUACAGUUCAAGCUUUCAGUGAGGGCAGCGUCAUCGCCUACUACCUGUCUGAGUUCAGGGUGCCUGCAGGCCAGGAAGCAGCUGUUGACAACGCCAUGGCGUCAAUGGACAAACUGGUGGACAAAGAGCAGCGUUCCAUCAACAGAAAGAGCAACAGCCUCAUCCUCGACGAUGUGAUGUCGUCAGCCCUCGAUUCCCGGAUGUUUUCCUCAUCAUUCAAACGAUUUGUGAAUUAUGCAGAGCAUGCACGGACGAAUGUAAUUGGGAGUAUCAAGUCCCCUGGUUUCCCCAACAGUCCCUACCCCCCCAACACCUUCAUCCAGUGGCAGCUGAGAGCCGACCCUGGCUACGUCCUCAAGCUCGACUUCGACACUUUGAAUCUGGAGGAAAACUGCAUGAAUGACUUCGUGAAAAUCUAUGACUCCCUGGUGGCCAUCGAGUCUCGAGUUUUACAAGAGUUGUGUGGGUAUUAUUCCCCCAGUGAACCUUUGGUCUAUGUGUCUUCCGGAAACGUCAUGCUGGUGACAAUGGCCACAAAUGACAAAGGAAACUACCCAGGUUUCCAAGCACAAGUGACACAAAUCAAGCGGUCAGAGCUUUCAUGUGGAGCUCAGCUGACAAGCGAAAAGGGACGCUUUACCUCUCCCCGUUUCCCAAAUUUCUAUCCACCGCGAACCUUGUGUCGGUGGUCGAUCCAGGUUGCUCAGGGUAAGUCGGUGAAGGUGACGUUCAAUAAGUUCUAUGUGGCUGAGCCUGGAGAGGAAAACAGUAAAACCUGUCGCAAAGAUUACGUGGAGAUCAAUGAAAAGAAAUUUUGUGGCGAACACCCGGACAAAACGGUGAUGGUGACCAGCAACAACAACCAAAUGACGGUGGUAUUUUACUCUGACGCUUCCCUCGUGGACACCGGUUUCGAAGCUGAAUACGAGACCAUUGACUCGAAAGACCCUUGUCCGAAGCAGUUCCAGUGCAAUAACGAGCGGUGUAUAAAGUCAGCACUCAAGUGUGAUGGAUGGAACGACUGUGGAGACAUGAGCGAUGAAAUAAACUGCGAAUGUGAUGCAAAACAACACAUCAGCUGUUUGAGACCUCAACUAUGUAAACCCAAGUUCUGGGAAUGUGACGGCGUCAAUGACUGUCCCGACGGCACGGAUGAGAAGAACUGCGGCUGCGAUGGACAGAAAGCAUGUAAAAACGGCAAAUGUUAUUCUGAUAAACUUCACUGUGAUGGCAAAGACGACUGUGGUGAUGGGUCAGAUGAACUCGAAUGUCCAAGAGGUACUAGUGACGUCCCCUGCACCGAACUCACAUAUAAAUGUAAAAAUGGUAAAUGCAUCAGCGAAGUAAACCCAGAGUGCGAUGGGACGAGUCAGUGUGAUGAUGGUUCUGAUGAGGAAGGCUGCGACUGUGGGAGGAGCAUGUUCAAGACGUCACGUAUUGUGGGCGGUGAGGAUGCAACAGAAGGGGAGUUUCCGUGGCAGGUCAGCCUGCACGUCAAAGGCUUUGGACACGUGUGUGGAGCGUCCAUCAUCCAUCCACGCUGGCUGGUCACCGCCGCCCACUGUGUCCAGGACGACGGAAAGAUGAAAUUUUCACAGCCCGGCACUUGGGAAGCGUACCUCGGCCUUCACACUCAGAGGAAGAUCGAAAGCAUGGUGGUAAAGAGGAACCUGAAGCAGAUCAUCCCCCACCCUUACUACAACGCCUACACCUAUGACAACGACAUCGCCCUGAUGGAGCUGGACAGUCCCGUCACCUAC